CCAGUCAUUUCAAUCCUCUAAGUGUCCACCAGGCGGCGCCAUGUUGUUGUUCGUGCUGGGGGAAAGAGGAAAACUAGGCGGGAUGAACCGCCUGACUGACACAACCGGAGAGAUCAGCAGACAGCAGGUUAAGUUUGACGGGGCUUUCCGGAUGAACCAGGGGACUUUAUUCCGAAGAAGUUAUCCCAACCUGGCUGUGGUGACACGUGUGCUGAACGCCGACCGUGGAGACUUUAUGGUGAAGAGAGAGGUCAGGAACACUGAUUUCACGGUCGUAGGAGAGCAUGAUGAUAGAACUGCACCACAGUUUCGCAGCCGCAAAGGCCGAGGUUCCCACAAGGGUCGGUCAUAUGACAGGUCCCGCAGGGACCGCCAGAGGGGAGGCCACCCAGGUGGCUUUGGAGGUCCUGGACCACGGUCUAGGCUUGAAGAUACUGAUGGAGAUGUGACUAUGAGUGACAGCUCUCAAGACAACAGCUCUCAGCACAGAUUCAACCCAUAUGGAAGACCUUUUCGGAAAGGAGAUGGACGGUUUGACCGAGACAGGCGACAAGGCAAAGUGGGAGGUGGUAGAGGAGGAGGAGGCGGCGGUGGCUUCAGAGGAGACCGAGGUGGAGGAAGCAGCAGUGGAGGAGGAGGGAGAAAUCAGUCGGGGUGGUCCAAAGUAACGAUACCACACGGAAGAAAAUAUGACAAGAAAUGGUUAUUGACAGCUCUUCAGAAUAUCUGUUCAGUUCCCUUCACACCUGUACAGUACCAUGUUGACCAUGACAGGGCACAUUUCUACGUGGAUGAUCUAUCCGCUGCCACUGCUUUACGCAAAUGUUCUCACAAGAUCACAGACACAGAUGGUUAUAAGGUGGAGGUACAUGCCAACUCCAGCGCUCCACCCUCCUUCCUCCUCUCUGACCUGAAGCCUGAGCACUUGGAGCACCUGAAGCAAUGCAUGGCAAAGCGUUUCGAUGGCUCCCAGCAAGCACUCGACUUAAACAACAUCCGAACAGACCCAGACCUUGUGUCCCAAAAAAUUGAAGUAACCUUGAAUCGAAAGACACACAUGGAAGCUGUCAUCAGAAUCAUUGAAGAAAACAUUCCAGAGCUUACGUGCUUGAAUCUAAGCAACAACCGUAUUCACAAACUGGAUGAACUUGCUGAAUUGGUUACCAAGGUGCCUAAUCUGAAGACCCUCAAUCUUUCCCACAAUGAGCUGAAGUCAGACCGAGAGCUGGACAAGGUGAAAGGCCUGAAGCUGGCAGAGCUGUGGCUGAACAAGAACCCUCUGUGUCUCUACUUCAAGGAUCAGGCCUCAUACAUCAGUGCUGUGCGGCAAAGGUUUCCCCGGCUUCUCAAACUGGAUGGUUAUGACCUCCCCGCGCCAAUUGGAUUUGAUGUGGAAACACCCACCACUAUCCCCCCCUGCAAGGGCAGCUGUUUUUGCUCAGAUGAAAUCAAGGCUCUCAUCCUUCGCUUCUUACAACAAUACUACAGUAUAUACGACUCAGGGGACAGACAGCCUCUUCUGGAUGCUUAUCAUGAUGGCGCAUCGUUAUCCCUCACAACACCUUACUCCUCCCAGAACCCAUCCAGGAGCAGUCUUGGAGAGUAUCACAAAGACAGUCGAAACCUGAAGAGGAUCAAAGACUCCACAAUGAGAUUUCGACUGCUGAAGCACACGCGACUGAACGUGGUGGCUUUCCUCAACGAGCUGCCCAAAACUCAACACGACAUCGCCUCCUUUACUGUCGACGUUAACACCUAUACAAACACACUACUGUCAUUCACAGUGAGCGGAGUCUUCAAAGAAGUUGCUGUUGAUGGUAAAUCCCGAGACUCCACCAUGGCCUUCUCUCGAGUUUUCAUCACAGUCCCAGCAGGGGGUUCAGGUUUGUGUAUCGUGAACGACCAGCUUUUUAUCAGAAUGGCUACAACGGAGGAGAUCCGCCGCGCCUUCGUGGCUCCUGCCCCGACCCCAUCUUCCAGCCCCGUCCCUGUCCUCACUGCCCAGCAGCAGGAGAUGCUUACAGCCUUCUCACAAAAGUCUGGCAUGAACCUGGAAUGGUCCCAAAAGUGUCUGCAAGACAACGAGUGGGAUUUCAACAGAGCAGCAGAAGUCUUCACACAGUUAAAGACUGAAGGCCAGAUCCCUGAUGUUGCAUUCAUAAAAUGAAGAAUAUAAUCAUACAUAUGUGAAAUAAAAUCUGCAGUAAUUUUGUUUAUUGCUUUUGUUUUAAUCUUGUUUUUGUUGUUGAAAAUAAUGUAAACCAGGUUAAUUACAGUUUUGUUUUAGCAGCCAAAUGUCCAGCAGUUUGGGAUGCUAUGAUCCAGUAUUUGGUUGUCAUGGUAACCUUUUGAUUAUUUGUAUAGAAAUCACUACAUGUUUUCAUAGGAAUAAAGACAGUUGGCUAACUUUGUUCAUAUUAAUUUGUUGUGUUGUGUUUAACAAUAAAAUAUUUUGUCACACA